AGAGACAGUUUCCAGAGGCCUCAGGGGGGAACUCAUCAUGCGACGAGGACAGUAAUGACAGUCUGUCUCCACGUCAGUCAGAAAGCCGGGAGCAUCCUGUGGGCAUUGAACCUGCGCGCUCUUCAGCAGAGAAAUUGGCUGGGAGCAACCUCCCAUCUCCAGUUAAGGUCCCUCCAUCAGCUCCUCCUGUUCAGCUUAACUCUGCUCCCCUGAACUCUGCGCAGAAGACUUGUGGAAACUCUCAAAUUAGGUACCAGCCUAGAUUAACCUCUGACCGCCUUACCCAGAAACACAAGAAAACCAAGGACAACAAACCAAAGAUAAAGAAGCUAAAGUACCAUCAGUACAUUCCUCCUGACAAGAAAAGAGAGACGGAACCUGUUCCCGAUCUGGACUCGUCCUACGCCAAGAUCCUCCAGCAGCAGCAGCUCUUCCUUCAGCUUCAGAUUCUCAGUCAGCAGCAGCACAACUACCACACCCCCCAGCCUGCUCCACCAAACAGGGAUCAGGAUGAUCCUUCUUCCUUCCUGUCGUCAGCUUCCUCUCCACCUGAACCUUCUUCUACUGCUUCAACAGUCCCCUCCGCGCAGCACAUCCACAUCUGUCCAACUUCUGCUCCUUUAGUUGGGACAAAAGUAUUAUCACUGCAUUCGGAUCUGGGUGAGAUGAAGGUCGCAGAACUAAAGUGUGAAUUGAAGCUGCGCAGAUUGCCCGUCUCUGGCACCAGGAAGGACCUCAUUGAGAGGCUGAGGAAAUACCAGGAACUAAGCCAAGACAGAGACGCUAACCCCUCUCCAACAGCAGGGGGCACCACAGAGCCGGAGCUAAAAACAGCAGGGACGUCUUCCAUAACGGGUGAAACGUCUCCUCAGCAGCUCUUGAGAUGCGAUGGGACCAUGAAACCCUUCCCCCAACCCGGCAUGCUGAAUGGCGCAAAUCCAGAAGAAAUCAGCUUUAACUCUGAGCCACCGAGAGAACUGAAGAAAUCUUCUUACACCGAUCUCAGCCUUCAGCCAUUCACCCCGGCUCUGUUCCCUGCUGCCAUUAAACAGGAGCCCCGAUGCUCCAGCCCGGCACCUUGUCACUUCUCCUUAAAGUCUGCCUCUCUGCAGAAACAUAGCCUGGUCUCUUCUGCUGCCCCCGCCACUACAGCUGCAGCUCCUCCUGUGACUAUUGACAAAGACAGAAUGCUGCAGGAGAAAGAUAAGCAGAUUGCAGAGCUUACCAGGAUGCUGUGGCAGAAUCAGAGGCUGGUGGAAGAGCUGAAGUUGCAGCUGGAAAACGGGUACAGAGAAGAACCAGAGGCAGAAAUUCUUAAAAGAGUGAAAGAAGAACCUCCUGAUAAGGCGCAUGAAGCUUUUUCAACUAGUCCUCCACCGUUUGAUCCUCAAAUAUCAGUCAUUUCCCAUGAAAAGGAGGUUACUAAGGUAACCAUCAAAGAGGAGGCCAUAGAGGCAGAGAUAGGAUCCGAGAUAGAGGUGCAAUCACCAGAUACAUUACUGCAGCCAUCUACCCCAACUCAGCAGACUCAGGUUGAGAUCCAUUUCCAUCUCCAGCCAGAGCAGAGGAGCUUGCAGAAGCAGGUUUGCCUCCAGGAUUCUGCUCGACAGCUGGCACAGCACCAGGUCAUCAAGAGGCUCCUGUUAAUGCAGCAGCACGACACUAAGAAGCAGCAACACACAGUUCAGAGUCAUAAUCAGGCGCAGGGAUCGCAACAAAAUCCCCAUCCAGAGAGGGAAAAGAGAUCUCAAAAGCUGAACCAGCAGAAACAGCUGCAGCCGUCUGAGAAACAUCACCCACAGCUGUUGCAGACACGACCGAAGCAACAGCUUCUGCAGUCAAAGAAGCUCCACCAAGAGACCGGAAAAAAGCAACCCAUCCAGACACAGACCAGGAUACAGCUGCAGCAGCAGGAUCUCCUUAAAAAUGACCCCAACCCAGCUCCCAUCAGUGACAGCGAGAGAGAGAAUACCCUGACUCCUUUGACCGAUCACAUUACUAGAGACCAAGGGAGCUACUCUGAAGGAAAAGCAUCAAAUCACAUUUUACUGCAGACCCAGAAUGAGGGACAGCAGGCAUCUGUGAAGCAACCAUUGCAGGAAGCAGCUUGUCUGUCGGUACCAUCCAGUCUGCAGUCCCCUCUAACGUGGAAAAACACCUCCCCACCUUUCUAUCAGACUGAGAUGUUUCCUGGUAUGAAUGUCUUGUUGAGUCCCAUGUCUCCAGAUCCUGUUAAAACAGCAGCCGCACCAUCUCAUGAUAAACCAAGAGACGAAGAGGAUUUCAUUGACAUCAUCCUGCAGGCGGGAGGCAAUGUAAGGCGGUCUUCCAUUUUUCUUUCAGAAACGGCUAACACAGUGAAAGUUGCCCAAAACGUCCCUGCUGCUUCACCUUCUCCAUCACCGCUCCGUCUCCCGUUGUCUCCAGUUAGCUCCCCCAGUGUUAGUACUCUACAACCCGGCUCUCCUCCGCAGCUUGAGCCUUGGACACCGGCCAAAAGCACAGAUUAUAAACAACGCUUGGGUCUGUCUGGCAGUGGGCGCCUAGAAGACUUUCUGGAAAGCACCACUGGGAAGCCUCUUCUAGGGGUGGAACCAGGAGGCCUCCUCACUUUGAUUGACGAACUGCACAGCCAAAUGCUGUGCACCAGCAGCAUCCUGGACAUCCCUCCAGCUCCCAUGGAUGCCUUGGACACAGCUGGGGACAUGGGACAGAGACUGGACAGGAAGGAGUGGCUGGGCUUCACCAUUGGAGGAGAGAGUGAAUGGGAAAUUCCUACACUAGCCCCACUGGUCCCCCAAACACCCCCGAGUGUGUUCUCGGUGGAUUUCAUGAGCAGUUCGGACCUUCACAUGGACUGGGACUCCUGAAUACAGCUCUGUGAAUUCAGAAAAUGUGAUGUGCUCCAGCACCAACUCAUGAAGAAAACAUGCAAUCUAUACCUGAAGUUUCAGGAUUUAAACAAAGCAAGAAGUCUGCAUCAGCUUUUAUUCUGCUAUAUUCACUCAUCAACAGUCUUGUCCUUUAUUUAUUCUAUUGACCUGUUAACACGUCUCAGGCUGGUCCUACCAAUGGUGGCAGUCAAGAUGGAAGCAUUCUGUGCUCUAAACUGAGUUUUAGUUGGGCUUUGUUAUGCAUUCACAGGGAAAUAUACCCCUAGAAUGUCAACUAUUUUGUUUGUUACCCUUUAGGGGAGUAUAAGCAAUAAUUAUCAUACUGUAGAUGUGCAGCGAGCCGAGUCAAGACACAGAUAUUUUUCAUAAGUUUUAACCCAUCCCCAAGAAUUUGACUGAUCCUUUCUAAAUGUCUGAGAUAUUUCAUCUAAUAUUCACUAGAACUGUGUUGGGGAAGAAAUAAACUUAGGUUGUCCAACAUUUUAGUUAAAAGUUCAAAGACAAUAUUAAACAAAUAAUUUAUAUUUGUUGCAAAUUCAUUUUAAGCCCAAACCAUUAUACUACAUUUUCAGAAGUACUCCUUUACACUAUGUUGUUCUCGUUUGUGAAUUAGUCUGAAUGUUACCAAAUGGAGAUCGCACUACUCUGCCAAACAGGAGCGGCACCUAAUAAAGUAGGUUAACGUUUUAUUCUAAGUAUGUGUCAUGUUUACGCCCUUCACACCAGCUCAAGACCCCAACAUGAUUGGGAUUGCAAUUUAAAGUAUCAUGUAUUAUUGUAAAAACGAUUUCUUAGAAUAAGAAUUUUAAUUUAUUGUGACCGCGAUGAAUGUGCGAAAACCCCACAUAUGGUUGUAUUGUCAGAAUUGUUAUAUUAUUUUCUCCACUGUUGAUUCCGGUUGAUCACUGUGUGCAGCUUAGGGAUAAGAAUCCCACUUCUUUAUCUCACUAGAGUCCUGAAGAAUCCUAUUUCAGAGUAUGUAUGUUUAUUUGAUAGCAUUUUUUGUGUUUGUGUGACUUUGACAGUAGUGACAUGGAGUCACAGCCAUACAGCCGCCUGAAAGAAUACUGCAAAAAAGUUUUACUUUUACAUUAUAGUCGGAUUUUGUUAUUGUCACUGCUAUUGUCAUCACAGUAAAUCCCACAAAAUAUUAUGAUGAAAAUUUAAGCUGAUAUUUCCUACCCUCACACCAUGAUGUUGGUCUUCUGUGGUGCAUCAAGAAUACAGAAGGUGUAACGUGAGAGCUCCUCUUUCAAGCUUAAUUGAUUUUGAAUUUGGUGUGCAUGAUUCCCUUACAAGGUUAAACUUUGGUAAAAGGGCAACCUUAUCAGACACCAGAUAUGUUGGUCACUUUUGUUAAUGUCAUACUUUCGUUUAACUCACUUUGAGAGAAUCUGCUGCAAUUGACCCAAUUUUGGGUUUAGAUUGUUAAAAUGCUUUGUACCUCCUCGAGCUUUACCUGUGAACCCUCUGCUGUAUCGCUACAGAAACAGACAGUAUCAUUUACAUAUCUUUCUCUUCUGAAUUUUUAGCAGUGUAAACAAAAAUUUGGGAUGAGAAGACGUUUAUGAAGACUUUUGUUUUACUUUUUUUUCUCGGUGCAAAACACUAGGCUUGUGUGUGUACUGUUACGGUUUUACUUUCUGGAAACAUUGUGAUCAAUGUGUAAAACCCUCGAGUUGUGGCUGUGUUUGUCGGCCAAAUGCGGUCUUUACAACUAAUAAAGAAAAAUCCCUGUGGUGGUGA